AAUCGGAUUUUUGGUCUGGCAGCACUGGUACUAUCCCAUUUGUUGUCUAAUUCUUGUGAAUUUACCCAUGCAUGAUUUACCAUAAAACGAAAAGAAAAUAAUUCUGUACAUGAUUUCUUUUUCCAAAUAAAAAUGUCUUCUGACAGUUUUGGGAUACUGUAUGACAUUGCUACAUCAUUUCGCCCAUAUAUCCAGAAUGUCUUGCAAGAAUUAAAACUCGGACUUUGCAAAACAAAAGUCGAUUUGGAAAAAAUUCCCGGCGGUCCAGACGGCGCCGAUACUCAGUUCCGCUUGGUAUUACCAUAUUGUUCAAAGAAACUGAAAUGGGAAGUUAUAUUUGACUCAAGUACACCAUGGUUUGCACCUGACUUCAGAUUUGACGAUGAAAGUUUUCUUAACAAUGUUGACGAAGGAUUUUUAGAAGAAAAACUAGGCAGUCUUGCUGAAUGGGAUGAAAAUGAUCCAGAAGCUCUGAGCAAAGUUAUAUCUGAGCUUGUUUCUUUGUAUCGGGCUCAUCAUAUAAAGAAAUUAAAUGAGGAUGAAAGUUCCCGAGCAUAUUUUGAGUACACAGCAUUACUGGGUGAUGCUCUGACGUCAGAAAAAGACAUUGAGGUCUGGGUCGGUGGUCAUGUUGUUGAAUUCCUGAUCAAACUCAAUGUUGAUGUCUCAAGAUUACCAGAAUUAUAUAAUGAAGGGACUGAAGAAAAUCCGGGUAUUGAUACAGCCCUGUUACUAGUGAGGUACCCUAACUCUACAAAUGCUGAGUUAAUAUUAUCACCUCUUCUAACAAAGUCACUUGGAAAUAUUGUAUUACCAUUAAUGCAUCAGUCUGGAGUUCUUAUGGAUUACGUCCCCAUGGUAACAGAAUUACUCAAUAAUAAGAUUCAAGAUGUUUUAAAGAAUGAUAAAUUAAAGCGAGAGUUAUUGGCACAGCUCAUUGUGAGAUAUGAAGGCGCGAUUCUGGAGCAUGAUGCAAACAGUGCAGCAUUUCUCUUUGAGACAGAUGAUUUCCACUGGAUCUUACACAUUGAAGUUGGUGAGAACUUUCCCGAUAAUCUACCCAUACUGACAUUAAGAUCAGUUUAUCAUAUGGACAAGGGGAAACCAAAGUCAAAAGUUUUACCACCAUGCUUAUACAAAGAUUUAGAAGAGAAUAUUGCUAAUCAGGUGGAGAUUUUCAAAAAUGAGUGCAAAGGACCACAAACUAGCAAUCAACUUGUUAACUUAGACAAUUAGACGUUUAUAUAAAUACAAAAUAUAAGCAUCGUGAAAUAAGAAUAAAUAUAUAUUUUUUUGAACACAAUUUUAUUUUAACAAUAACUUAAUCUAUGUAAUCUGUGAUCAAAUUUAAUGACGAUAAAAAGCUUUAAGUACUACUUCAUGAGAUGAAUUAAUCAAUGUAUCAUGAUUAUUAUUUAUCAACAAUUUAUAUGAGAAUGUGAGAUUAAACAGUUUUGACAAGAUUUUGUAAUACUAGUCACUUGUGAAAAUUAAAAACUACUGAAUUUAGCAAUAAAUAUAAUCACAAAGAGUUUCCCCAGUGACAUCCAUUGCCGACAGAAGAACCCCACACACUAUUCAAUAAAACACACUAUAUGUAACAGUAUUUUACAUUAAUCAGUAGUAGGAUCAUCAAAAGAUUGUAUCUGAAUAAAAGGAACUAAUUUGUCAACUUGGUGUCUUUGCUUCCGAUUAAUUCAUAGCGGUAUCUCAUAUACAUGACUUUCAUCCUGUCCCAUACAUUCUCAAAUGAAUCCAUAGCUGGCCUAACAUCGAGCAAGGCAAAUUCAUAUUUGUUAUCAAUUUCACCUCCAUCAUAAUAAUCUAUGAUAUAGCGGACAUCCUUUCCACAUCUGUCUACAAUCCAAUCG